AAUUUCCGACUUUAUCACGUGACCAUCACUAAUGUAAACUGUCAUGGCGGAUUAGGGCAAAAAUGUUACCAUGAUACGAUUAUAAUUUUUAAACAUUAAUUUCUAUCAAACGGCGGAGAGAGUUGUUGAAAUUGUGAGAACGUGAGAUUGGUUUGAUAAAAAAUGAUUUAGAAAAUUAAAAAAAAAAAAAGACGGGAAAAUAUGGAUGACAAUAUUGACACAGCCAAAGCUACUGCUAGAUCAGCUGAGUUUUCUGUAAAUAGACCUCUUCCUCCAAUUGGUGCAUCUAAAGAAGAAAGUAAUGAUGAGGAAGGCAGUGUAGAUAGAACUGACCCGUACCAUCAAGAUGAUGAUCAAAGAUCUAAUGCAUCCUCGGCAGCCUUAGACCGUCCUGGUGAAGGUAGUGCUAGACCACGCAUUGUACGAGGCUUUCGUCCUGAGGCUAUAUCUGACGACGAUAUGGAGAAAGCCACAAGAUCUGUGUCAUUUACAAAUGGACCACCAGUAACUUCUAAACGACGUACAUAUGAUGGCAGAGAAAUAAUGUUUGUUACAUUGAAUACCCAGACAGACUGGGAUUGGGUUGAGGAAGUUGAGACCACGGGUACAGCCAAAACUAUUGCAGAGACAGGAAGUAUUGGUGGGAAGGAGAAAACUGAACUGUCACCAAGAUCAGAUUUGACAGAGAAGAGCUCAAAAGAAAGUACUGCCUCUAGCAAGCCGGAUGCAUCUGAAGACAAAGCUACGUCAGAUGUUUCACAGUACCCAAUGCCAUAUAAUGAUGAAUAUGGAAUCCCUAUUUUAGACCUGAGCAGUGACACUGACGAUUUAUUCUCACAUCAGUUAGUACCUGAAGUGCAAGAAUUGCCUAAAAUACCUAAAACUAGAGGAGGCAGUAGGAACCUGUCAAAGUAUCAGAGGGAGUCUGAGAAACAAGAUAUUGAUGUGGAAGACCCUGAAGCUCGCCUUGACACUGAUGAGACGGGUAUGCCACACGGAAUAUUUUCUGGCAAUUGUGAGUUCUGUAACCAGCCCAUUAAACCAUUCCCAACAAUGGAUCAACAGUUAAAGCUUGCUCCAGAGCUGCUAUAUUGUUGCAGUGACUAUAGGGAAUUUGUUGAAUAUGUGCUGCAUAAGUCCACGGAGAUGGAGGAAGAACUGAAGAAGAAAAAUAAACUGAUAGAUAUCAAACCUCAUGAACAUGUCGGCUCAAAACAGGAACGCAAUGCUGCCAAAGAAAAGGCUGUACAGAGAAUGCGAGAGAGAGAAUUACAGAGGCGGCAACAAGAGGCCAGUGGAUUACAACAAAAUUUCUUUGCAUCAGGUGGCUCUUCUAAAGCAGCUUUUAUGAAAAUUCCGGGUGGCCUCGGUAGCCUUACUAUGAAAGACAUGUAUGAGGUAAAUCUAGAUCCUUCAGAAAUAAACCUAGAUUGCCUGGAUAGCUGUCCACAAAAAUUCAAGACGAAGAUAUCGGUAUCACCAGAAGGAAAGGGGGUUACAGAUAAACCAGAUGGGGCUGGGGUUGAUUUAAAAUAUAGUAAUGUGCAGGCUAAGAGAAAUUUGAUUGGUCAGGGUCAUUCCUUCGCUUGCACGUCUUAUCAGUUAUGUCAGAUUGCAAGCUCGUAUUUGGCUGCAAUGAGGGUAUCGACUGCAGUUGCUCGACAAAUGAAGACAAUAAAUUACCAGUUAUCAUCACAAAAAUGUCUUGAGGAAGGAUGGACCCUUCGAGCGCCAUCUCCGCUGAUGGAUGAAGAUGGUGAUGAUGUUUUUAUACCAGAACCACUACACCCUGACAUGAUAGCAGACGGCAAGCCUAGCAAGAAGAGAACAUCUCGUCUUUGGCAGUCACCACGUAUGGAUUCAGAGCACCAUUUCACAUUUAGACCGGUGACAAGUGAGAGCAGUUUACGUGAGCGCCCAUUGAUAGAGAAGUUUUAUGAGAGUGGGAAGAAAUUCUUGACGAUGUUCCCUGAUGGAACUGGGAAUAUUUUUUAUCCUUCAGGAAACCUGGCCAUUUUGGUAUCCUCAGUGAAACUAGGACAGUAUUACUAUACCAUCCAUCCAGACAGCAAGAAGUCCGUGGUUGCUGCAGCUUUUGAACCCAAUGGAUUUGGAUAUUGCUACUUCCCUAAUGGAGACAUCAGGCUAUAUAUAGAUCAGUAUGGAGGUUUAGAGCUCGACAACUAUGGAGCGAGACGUCGUAAAUGGAGUUGGAAAGAUCAAGUGACCCAUGUGCAUGCCCCACCCUUCCAGCCUAUAUGUAUAGGAAUAAACAGACAUAUUGGCAUUAGAGUGAUGAGUCAGGAAAAUAUAGCCUUGACCUUCAGUGCUAGCAAGAGAAGUUGUAGGUUUAACAUGGGAUCUAAAUUGAAGUUGGUGGCUCCAGAGAAUGCUCCUCUUAAAGAGGUGGAGGAGGAGUACAUAUUCCUGGAGGAGAAGAAAAACCAUGUGGAUGCCUUACUGAACAAAGUUGCUAAUUUGUUGAAGUUUCCAAACAACCCCAAGCUGGACAAAAUGCUGCCCCCACUGCAUAUCACAUCCAAACAAACUAAGACAGAGAAAAUGAAGAAAGAUCGACAGAUAUAUCUUGCUCAGCAGUCUGCAAGAGAAAAGAAACAACCAUCCAUUACUGUUCAUUCAUAAAAAAUUUUAACUUUAGACACUAAUUAUGUUUUUGGAUUUUAAAUCUAGACAGAUUGGUUUGUUUCAUUAUUUUUUUGAACAUUGAUUUUGUUAUAUAUAUAAUGUUUGACAAUUUAGCAAUAAAUUAUCUGCCAAUAUAUACAAGAUAGGCUUAUAUGUUUAUGAUUUUGUAUAGAAUAGAAUGUUGUUAUAAAUGAACCAGUAUUAUAAGACAGAAUGAGAUUUCAUCAUUACACAGGUAUACCUAUGUGUAGGAUACUGAUUAUAUUUCAGUAUGGGCCUGGCAUGUUGAAAUCAAGAAAAUUGAAAAUUUACCAGAAUUUAGAUAUUACUGUUUACAGAAUACUUGUGAUACCAGACUUUGAAGUAGCAAACUACUUUAGUUAGUUUUUCUUACAGUUUUAUUAUGUAUAGAAAUUAACUACACAUAUGCAUACAUAAAUCUUAUUCCCAUUAGUGUGGUGCACCUGGUGUAUUUAAAUAUUCACAUAUUAUUCAUAUUUGCAUAAUUAUUCAUAUAUUCUGUUGUAAUCUUGAAAUUAAAUGAGAUCUUUUCAUUUACUUUGGAGCAUUCAGAAUGCAGAUGAAAACUGCUUGUCCUCAUUUAAAUGGAGUAACAGUUUAGACAAAGUUAUGGUUUAGGCAAAGUUUCGGUUUAGACAAACAAAUCUGAUUAUUCACACUUAGAUAUAACUCCUCUAAACAUGUUUAACAUGACUUUAAAAUUCACUCUUACUAUAAAUACUGCCUUUUGUUUUCCUGAUGACAAUAGUUUGAGUAUAUUGUAAUUGUUAAUUUGAAAAUUUGUUUCUCUAUGUUGCUGUCAGUACCGUAGAUACCCAUGUAUAAUGCGCAGUUUUUUUACCCCCAGGACCACCCGCGAAUCGUGGGUGCGCAUAAUAUACAGGUAUAGACAAUUUUCUAACUUCAAAACAAGUUUGUUACCGAUGUCCGCCAUUUUUGUAAAGGGAAACUACUCCCCGCGCUUACUGUCACCGCUAAAAUCUAAGAUUGCCGUUACGUUCCGUAAAAGAUCGAUGGUUUAUUUUUCUUUCAAACAAAAUUAAUUUCAUAUAAAUUUAAAAGUAUUUUGAUGAAAGAAAUGUUUAUAAAUCACAAAAAUUAUGAUACUAAUUUUAUUUUCGAGAAAACAAAAAUCGAUAGUACCGUGAGACCGAUACUGCUCUCCACCGCGGAGAUAAAAUUUAUUACCGGUGUCGAUGUAAACUCUACUUUCUUUUUCCAUCCACCUCAAAAUUGACCAAAAAUGUUUUUUUUCCCAGGAUUUCGGGCCAAAAUCGGGGAUGCGCAUUAUACACGGGUGCGCAUUAUACAUGGGUAUCUUCGGUAUUAUUGGUGAACAGCCUUUAUCAAGAAUUUUUGCCUAGCAACUGAAUUUGAUUUUGUACAUUGAGCUAAUAAAUAUUCAUAUGUGGACUUUAGGUUCACAAGUAGCAAUGUUUUCAAGUACAGUAUAAUGCUUGUUUUUGUGAUUUCAGCUCCCUACAGUAUAUAGUGGUUUAAAUAUUUAUGAUAUUGUUUUUCUAGAUUUUACUUUUCUGGAGCAUGAAUGUCAAGCAAACUUUAAUGUCUAAAUAUCCGAUACAGCUUGAAUAUAUUUUAGGUUAAAUUGAAAAAAAAAAACGUAUAAAGAGUAAAAGGAACUUUGAGUAAGCAUUUCACAUAGAAAGUAGAUGUUUUACCGUUUGCAGAUUUGUAGGACUCCUUGAAGGGGCAAAAAUCUAGCUCUGGUAUAAGCAAAAAUUGCACGGUAUCCAAUAUUACUAAAUCUUCAGUAUGUUUUAUAAUUAUUGAGUUACAGGGUUUGUUUUUAUGUCUGUUAUUUGUACAGAUGCUUAAUGUUGUUAUUCUUUAUAGUAUAUUUUCUGUUAAAACUGCUGACUAUAUAAUAAUUUAUGUUAAACAAUAUGUGGUUCUUCCAAGAAUUUUGAUUUUGUUGUACUAUCUACAUGACUGUGAUAAUUGAUUUUGCAAUUAAUUAUAGUUUGAUUGUUAUUGUUACAAUGGGUAUAUAUGUUUAGCAUUUAUUUUGUCUGAUAAACCUACACCUGUUACAUGUUCUUUACCUUGAAGAGUGCAGAGUUCCUGAUAAUAAGGUAGUAAAUUUGAGUAUAUUAAUUAAUUUUCCUUAAAAAAUACUUUAAAAAAUGAAAUAAAGAAUUUAAUAUCUUUGUAUAAUUAUAAAAACUAUAAAAAAACUGUUUGUUUAAUAAAAUUGUUUUAGCCGGUUUCAGUUAUUAUCUCAAGUAAAUAUAAUUGCACAAUGAAUUAGUGCUAAUGCUGUGCUAAUAAAACAUGCAUGUUUUUAUUUCGCUUAUUCAUAGAUGUUUUCCCUUACACACAGGAAAUAUAAGUCAAUUACUCAAAUUCUUCAGUAAAUGUUACACUCAGCCACACAUGUUUCAAACGUAGGAAUUUCUAUGUAUGCUAAUUAUAAGUAUUUUGUAAUAUGACCCCUUUUUAUUCACAAGUAUAUCAGCACUUGUUUUGAAGUGUAAGCAGUUUUAGUGAUCUGCUAAGUACAGAAAUUAAGCACAUGAAAACACUUGUUCAAAUAAUGGAUCAAUGCUGUCUGCAUGUCAGAAUGUGAAACAAAACAACUCAAAAUAAGUACAAAACUGUAUGGUAACUGUUAUGAUAGUUCAAGACCACAACUGUUCCUACUCGAUCUGUAUGAAACUUAAGUCAGAAUACUUGUCUAUACGAUAUCUAGGUCGAAUGAAACCCAACCAUUAAGGGUAAAAAACUGGAUGAACAAGGUCUGUAUGUUUGUCUUAUGACAUCUAGUUCAAGUUCAAAACUUUUUGUUACAAAAACGUCCAUGACAAGCUAAAGGCCACAUUUAAAAAUUUUUUUCAAGUGCAGUCUGGUGAGAAUGUUGGGUUUUUAUGAGAUCUAGGUCCAGUUUAAAACUUGGUCAUCUUGGGUCAAUCAUAAGGUCACUAGGUGGAAUCAUGGAAAACCUUAAACAUAACAGAUGACCGUCACCUUGUCCUAUCAGGUGAGCGAAUUGGGAUCAUCAUGUCCCUUUUGUUUUUAGCUCAUCUGAUUUUUUGAGAAAAAAAAAACAGAUGAGUUAUUGUCAUCACUUGAUCGGCAUUGGCGUUGCCUGGUUAAGUUUUAUGUUUAAGUCAGCUUUUCUCCUAAACUAUCAAAGCUAUUGCUUUAAAACUUGCAACACUUGUUUACCAUCAAUAGCUGACUUUGUACAGCAAGAAACAUAAAUCCAUCCUGCUUUUUGCUAGAAUUAUGGCCCCUUUUGGACUUAGAAAAUAUCAGAUUUCUUAGUUAAGUUUUAUGUUUAGGUAAACUUUUCUCCUAAACUUUUAACACUUAUUCACUAUCCAAAGAUGACUGUAAAGCAAGAAACAUAACUGCAUCAUGCAAAGAUGACUCUGUAAAGCAAGAAACAUAACUGCAUCAUGCUUUUUGCAAGAAUUAUGGCCCCUUUUGGACUUAAAAAAUAAAUUUUCUUGGUUAAGUUUUGUGUUUAGGUCAGCUUUUCUCCUAAACUAUCAAAGCUAUUGCUUUAAAACUUGCAACACUUGUUCACCAUCAAAAGCUGACUCUGUACAGCAAGAAACAUAACUUUGUCCUCCUUUUUGCAAGAAUUAUGGCCCCUUUUGGACUUAGAAAUUAUCAGAUUUCUUGGUCAACUGUUCUCCUUAACGUUCAAAACUAUUUUUAAAACUUGGAGCAGUUAUUUGCCAUUAAAAACUGACUCUGCACAGCAAGUACUGUAACUCUACAUUGCUUCUUGCAAGAAUUAUGGCCCCUUUUGGACAUAGAAACUCAUGGGUAUGACAAUAUUUCUAUUAUACAGAGACAAAAAAAUCAGAUGAGUGUCUGCACCCACGAGGUGGUGCUCUUGUUUAUCACUGGCAGUAUAUUUUUCUAGGGAAAAGUGAUAUCAUCAGAAUCAUUUUAAUGUUGGAACUUUACCUAAAAGUGAAUUAAACAAUGAACUAAAAAUUUAUUAACAACUCUAGAGUUUUGGCUUGUCCUACUGUUUACAAAGAUUGUUGUUAUUUACUUAAUUUACCAAACUUAUUAAAUGACUGCUGUCUUAAUUAAUACAUGUAUUUCAUUGCAUUUAUUGAAUUAUAUUAAACAUAGGAAUAAAAGAAUUAUAUUAGCA